UAAUGCUCCUGCCGUUGCAGAAAGGCAUCCAUGCAAAUACAGAAAAGCAAAGACCCUGACUACUCAGUACUGCUAUAUUAACCAGAGGAGCCCUCGUUGCAUCUUUUCCAUCUCUUUUGUAUAUCUUCCUUAUUGCACGGACUGAGAACUCUUAACUAGUAUUGUUCUCUGCACUGCUUAUUUUGUUUAUUUGCUUUCUUGAAACCGAUCGAUUGAGCUUUGAUCGGUGAAUACGAAGAAGAUGUCUCCUCGCGCGUUCGCGGACGCCGGCGGCGUAGAUAACGGGAUCAUGCUGUUCGGCGUGCGGGUCACCGAGGGAAACUCGUUCCGGAAGAGUGCCAGUAUGACCAAUCUCUCGCAGUACGACCAGCAACCUCAAGAUUCCAACGUCGAGGCCGGCUAUGCCUCCGACGACGUCGUUCCCUCCAGUGGCGGUCGCGAGCGCAAGAGAGGGGUGCCAUGGACGGAGGACGAGCACAGGCUUUUCUUGCUGGGUUUGCAGAAGGUAGGGAAAGGAGAUUGGAGAGGGAUUUCAAGAAACUUUGUGAAAACAAGAACUCCAACUCAGGUGGCCAGCCACGCUCAGAAGUACUUCCUCCGCCGGACUAACCAGAAUCGGAGACGCCGGAGAUCUAGUCUCUUUGACAUCACCGCCGAUACGUUUCCGGGUUCCUCAAUCGACGAAGAUCAAGUUUACCAUGAAACCGUGCCGCUACCGAAGCCACAGCCACAGGUAAGCCAUAAUCUCGGCGGAUUCCCGAUGCCUAAUUUUCCAGUGGCGCUCGCUCCUUCGGUGGUACCACUUGUCGUCGAAAACCCACUGGAAAAUCUUUCGUUGGGACCCAGCAAUCAUACAAGGACGUCAAGCAAGCCAAUCAGGCCGACACCGAUUCUUCCAGUGCCUCCGUCUUUGAAAAUGGCUGACCUUAAUCUGAACCAGAAUACCAACACGGACCCCAGCUUGCCUCUAUCACUGAAGCUCUCCACAGCAUCGUCGGACGAGCAGUCACCUCCGGCAACAAACUCUUCAACUUUUCAGGCAACUCCCGGCAACUUCAGCAGCAGUACUACUGGAGAUAGUAUUAUCAGUGUUGCUUGAAGAAUAUAUGCUAAAGUCCAUGCAUACUGUAAAGGUUGCAGAUUCGAGUAGGAAUUAGAUAUGAUAAAACAUAAUUCAAUUAGCCAAAAAAAAAAAAAAAGAUUGAAAGAAAGAAGAAAGAUAUUAGGUAAGAGUAGUAGGUGAUCAGAUACUUGUUUGUACAGGUUUAGAGAAGAUUUAGGGAAAUGGGAUGUCGUUUUCAUGAUCGUGGUGGAUUUCUUGUUUGAAUUUGUCUAUCUUUGUUGCGUUUUGGAGUGAAAUGAUAGAGCACCAGCUACCCCACUCCUGUUAUCUCUUCUGCUGCUUUGUUGGAGCUUCAACAUGUAUCUGAAAGUUGAAUAUUCUCUUUA